GGAGUCAGUAAGUUGGCUUGUGCUCAGCGCCUGCGCAGGAGGUCUUCUCUUCUCGCCUGCCCAAUCUCUCAACGCCGGCGCUGUUUUCACCCCCGCCUCCGGCUGAAGGCCGCGGCGACCAGCUCGGGUGCAGGACGGAGACCGGCGAGGAGAAGAAGGAGGAGGGAGCGGGCCGGAGUGGCUGCGCAUCCCCCACGGAAUUGCCGGCGGGAGGCCCGCCUCCGGCCAGGCCUGGCCAUGGGCUCCUGAGGGCCUCGCGCUCCGCCCCGUCCCCCGAGUGACGGACGGAGCGGUCCCUGCCGGAGGAGGAGGAGGCGGCGGAGAGAGCGGCGAGCGGCAGCCCCGCCGCCAGCAUCGGUCCGGCGGGUCCCUGCAGUGCCGCGUGGCGGUUUGAAAGAUCCACAACUCAUAGGUGACUCUACAAAACGACAUGAUGACUGGAGGCGUAUCAGUGCCUGAGCCGGGCUCUCCAGCCAGCACUCCUGCUGCAGCCCUCAGCGUAUCUUGGAUACCUGAGGAUGGCAGCCCCACUGCUGUGGAGGAACCAUUUUUCCUAAUGACCCCAGCUGCCCAGGCCAUCUCAGGUUUCUUUGUGUGGUCAGCUUUGCUUAUCACCUGUCACCAGAUCUACAUGCAUCUCCGCUGCUAUAGUUGCCCCAAUGAGCAACGUUAUAUUGUCCGGAUCCUCUUCAUUGUGCCCAUUUAUGCUGUCGACUCAUGGCUCAGCCUCCUUUUCUUCACCAAUGACCAAUACUAUGUUUACUUUGGCACUAUACGUGAUUGCUAUGAAGCUUUUGUAAUCUACAAUUUUCUUAGCCUCUGCUAUGAGUACCUUGGUGGAGAGAGCUCCAUCAUGUCUGAAAUUAGAGGGAAGCCCAUUGAGUCCAGCUGUAUGUAUGGAACUUGUUGCUUAUGGGGAAAGACGUACUCCAUUGGAUUCCUAAGGUUCUGCAAGCAGGCCACUCUGCAGUUCUGUGUGGUGAAGCCCCUCAUGGCAGUCACUACAGUCAUCCUUCAGGCAUUUGGCAAGUACCAAGAUGGUGACUUUGAUGUCACAAACGGGUAUCUCUACGUGACAAUCAUUUACAAUAUUUCUGUCAGCCUGGCUCUCUAUGCCCUCUUCCUCUUCUAUUUCGCCACACGUGAACUGCUCAGUCCCUACAGCCCUGUCCUCAAAUUCUUCAUGGUGAAGUCUGUCAUCUUCCUGUCCUUCUGGCAAGGGAUGCUGUUGGCCAUCCUGGAGAAGUGUGGUGCAAUUCCCAAGAUCAAUUCAGCCAACGUAUCUGUGGGUAAAGGGACCGUGGCCGCUGCCUACCAGGAUUUCAUCAUCUGUGUGGAAAUGUUCUUUGCAGCCAUUGCUCUGCGCCAUGCCUUCACAUACAAGGUGUAUGCAGAUAAACGUCUUGAUGCCCAAGCUGUUCCGUCCUAUGGGCCAUAUGGUCGCUGCGCACCCAUGAAGAGCAUCUCUAGCAGCUUUAAGGAGACCAUGAACCCCCAUGACAUUGUGCAGGAUGCCAUCCACAACUUCUCCCCUGCCUACCAGCAAUACACUCAGCAGUCAACCCUAGAACAUGGACCACCCUGGCGUAAUGGUGCCCACAUCAUCUCACGCUCCCACAGUAGUUCUGGUGUCCGUGACAAUGAGAAGACCCUGCUCCUGAGCUCAGACGAUGAGUUCUAGAGGGGGAGGUGGUGGUAGUAUGGUAUGCUGUGGCCUGGAAUUAUUCCCUUUUAUUUAUUGAACCAAAAACGCAAAUCACGCCCCCCCCCUUUCCUCCCUCCUUAAAUGGUGCUCAAGUCAGGAAUGGGCACUUCCUGCUGCCAGAUUGUGAGCGCGUGGGCCAUUGGGACAAAUGGCGGGUGAUUUGGACUUUCUUUUCCUGGUUUUCGUUUUCAUUAAAGGUUUAACUGGAGCACAUUUCGCUUAAUAAGGAAGAUUUAAAAGAACACAAAACCCGCCUGUCCCAGAAGGGAGCAAGGAUCCAUAAUGAAUGGAAUGUGCCAUGCUUUCUUUGUGGUGGUCCUUCUGCUUUUAUUGGUGGGGUGGGGAAAGGUCAGGCAAGAGCACCUCAAAGCCAUGAAGCUGUGUCUUCACCCACUUAACAAGCUGUCUGGAAUGUGACUGACUGAAAUCUGAAGCAGCAGAAAUUUUAUCCCACACACACACACCUGUACUCCUAAUAUGUGUUUUCAUACUUUGGUUUCUAAGGAGUUAAUUGGGUUGCAGGUUGAACCCUCAACUAUUGCCCGAGUAUUAACUUUGACCAACCUCUGAGUUGUGACCAGAAUUCCUUUAGGUAUAUUCUGGAGUACAACAGUCACACAUCUUUUCUGUUUCUGCUAAUGAUCAGUGUUGGGUGCUUCAGAAGGGAGCAAUAUUCUGCUUUAGAAUAAGGAGGGAAAUGAGAGAAAUCUCUCCUGGAUCAAAAUAAUGAGCAAAUCUGAAACCUUGUGGAGGUGAAAAGUGGCUCUUGUCAUGGGUUUUCUUGCCUUGUAUUCUCUUGAAGUGUUAGACACUUCUUGCAAAAUAGGACCUGCCAUCAGCAGAGGGGGAAAUGUCUGGCUCUAGAUUGUGACCUAGCCAUGGUCACCCAGAACAAGCUGCCCCAGAUAGGAGGAGGAGGCACAUUCCCCCACACAUUGCUUGGUGGAUGAAAAUGUGUCUCUUCUUCCCCACACUUCUGUAUGGAUGGGGACCACUUUGGAUGACUCUGCUGCAGAAGAGUGUCCAUCUUGCACAUGUAGCUCCUGAUCCAGCAAGGGAAUCCACAUGCAGAAGACUGCUCCCCUGAACAGAUUGCAGGGGAGGUCAUAUGCUCUUGUACUUUAAUUUCUAGGAAAUCUGCAGUCGUUGAUUUCAUUCUCUUCUGUAUCCUCUCUUCUGGUGAUCGAGUUCUGCAGUCUUUGAUAUUAAACUUUCUGUAUUGCAUCUGCCCCUCUUUUUAGAGCUGAACAUCUGUGUGUGUUAACCUUCAGAAAAUCUGUUGCAGGUCACUAGUUCUCCUUACUGUUACCUAAGUUUUAUCCUUGUUAAUAAUUAGUUUAGAAUGCCAGCAGGAUAGUGUUUGCUGAAUAUUUGCCAAAGAUGGUGAACAUUCUGCUUUCUCUUCCCUUGCUCUGUCCUGGGCUUGUUGCAGCGUUGCCAGGAUAUGUAAACAUAUCGCUUCCGUGUGCAUCUGCAACGGUGCCAUUACAUUCUCUACAGUGCAUAUGAUAAAAACUGUACACUGGGCUUCUGUUGGCCUCAUCGGGAUUGGCCUGACCCUUAUACAAGGUCUCUGCCACAUGUCCCCUUUAUAAGCUGAAGAGCCUGCCAGUCACAGGUUUUACCAGACACUUUGGUGUGUCCAUUUAAAGCUGGGGGGCAGGGGGCAAUAGCAUUAAUUGCAAUGUAUUGCACUUCUCUGCUGUUGUGGUUAAUUGUGCCUGUAUUAACACUGCCCACAGAAAGGGGAAUAACGCUAGACCUCUUCCUUCCCCCACCCCUCUCUCGAUUCCUCUUCCCCCUUCACUACCAGUAAUGCUAGUUCUGUUCUAAGCUGCUAUGAUAUCUCUCUCCCACAGCUUGUCCAUGGUUGUUGGGCACCUGCUUGCUUGCAGUGCUUUUUUAGCUCCUUCUGUGGAGAGUCCAGAAAUUAGAACCUUUGGGGACUGACUCUUGUUCCUUUUUCUCUGUGCCUUAAUUUUCUCACACUUGCAUGCACACCCAUCACGGUUAAUGGGGAUCCCAAAGGCAGGAGCAGUUCCCUUUUGCCCAAGUUGUGCUUGGCCAGGCAAGAGGUUUGUGUGGGGCUGGGCAAGUUUGCUAAGACCCUUAGUAGUUCUUCCUGGAGGAGUGCUUACGCUGCUGCUGAAGUUGGCACUCCAGUCUGCAUGUUCUAGCAGAAACGGGGUGGGAGGUGGGACGACAGUGGAGCACAACCAUCCCAUUCAUAUUCCCUGCUCAAAAUAGCCUGAGGGGUUGAGAACUCAGGAGAUGGAGGACGUAGAAGAAGAGAGACGGAAAAGCAACAUGCUUCUGUAAAUAUAUAGUCACCCCUUCCUUUGCUGUUAGACCCGUGCAAUAUAUUCCUGCGGGGUGGCUUUUAAAACCCUGCUGCUGCUUUAAAAGAACACACACUCAGACCCACAGCCUAUGGGUUUCUCACUAGCACCCCCCAUUGGUAAGCUUUAUCAGAUCAGCCAGUGACUUGUGCCAUUGCAGCCCAAGCAUGAUCCUGCUUGUCUGAAACCCCUGCCCUCUUUCUUUCGUGCUAGAUAUGGCCACCUCCAGUUGCUCUGGGCCUUUCCUGAUGAAGUGGAGCAGGAGGAAGCCGCCACUUGCCAGAACAGCACAGCUACAUUUUCGCAGCUGUGCAGCUCUUGAUGCAGGGAGGCUAGCAGCUGAUCUUGCAGUCGACAGGGCUUGGGUCAGGUCCCUGCGCCAUUGGGAGAGCAGAGUUAUCUGUCUGUGCCAGCAGCCUGGCCUUUUACAGCCAGUCCUGUGACACGUUGCCUCAUGAAACGAGGAUGAGUUUCAAAGAACUCUUUGUUGAAAUGCUCUUUUCUACUUUUAAUUUUGGAAUGGGCAAGGGAGUUGUUGCUCAGUUUUGCCCAUUCCUGUUUUUGUGGGACCGCUUCUCUCUUCCCUGCUUACCUCCAUAUACUUCCCAACCGUGUGCCUACUCUCGCCACCAAUCAAUUGAAUUGUGUGUGUGUUGGGUCUUCCCGGUGAGUCCCCUUUUGUAUGGGAUGGGUGGAGGACGUGGCUGAAGUCUUACCUGCAAGUGAGCAGGAAUUUCAGCAUUGGGAGGAAUUCUAUAUAUAUAUUUUAAUUUUUUAAAAUGCAUACUAUAUAUAAAUAUAUACUGUGCAUAGGAACUGGGUAUUCUUGAAGCUUCCUGUAGGUAGUGGUUAGAAGUAAGCAUAACCACUCUCAAAGCAAGAACAAGUUCCCGUAGUCUCUGGCUGAGUGGCUUUUUAAACGUAGAGCCACGUUAAAGCCACCUGUGCUAAAGUUUGGGUUUCCUUCUGUCUUUUUGUUCUGUUGUCUCUCAAGACAGGAAAGGAAUAGUCCGCGGCUGCACAACUUCCACCCUCCUUCAGAUGUUAGACUAUGACUCCAUCAUCCCUGACUACUUUGUACUGUGGCUGAGGAUGAUGGAAGUUGUAGUCCAAAAACACCUGGGAGGCUGAAGUUGUGCAGCUUGGGAAUAUAGCCCAAAGAACUUGAUCCUCAGCCCAGCAAUGAUCAUGUGUUUUGCUUAGGGCUUCUCAGAGGCUGAUCACUUUAUAUACUUGCCUAAACAUCAGGCCUACCAGAACACUCUUAGUGCUGUCCUCUUCCUUCCCCCUUAUGUAACAUACCCCUGGAAUUUGUUUUUACUAUUUUUCCAUGUAGUUUAGUUAUUUGUAUAUAAAUGACUGAAAGAGAAUACCCUGUAUGAUAUGACAGAGUUACCUAGUUUUGUACCUCUCGUGUAAUAACUGAUGUGAGCUCAGAGACAAGCCAUUGUCUCUGUUUUGGUCUUUUGUGAUGUUAUACUGCUCUGCAGAAACAAACAAAUACAACAAAUAAAAAUAUAGAGAUAAUAUAGAUUCUACUUCAA